AUGUGCCAUAUGUGGUUUAAACACCUUUCUGUUUCGGUAUUACUGAUGAUGGUUGAUGGGGAAAAAAAUAUGCAGACAAGAGCUCCAUUUUUCUCCCACAAACCUUUUGCAGUGGUGUGGAAUGCACCUACUCAACAAUGCCAGAACCGCUACAAGGUGGAUUUAGAUCUCAAAGCUUUUGACAUCCUGCCAAAUCCUGGUGAGACUUUGAGUGGCUCCACUGUGACAAUAUUUUAUCAGAAAUCGUUGGGCUACUAUCCCCACAUUGAAGACAAUGGAGAUUCCAUCAAUGGAGGCAUGCCACAAAACUUCUCCCUAACCAAGCACCUCAGCAAAGCUGAGUCUGACAUUAAUGGUUCCUUACCUAUGAAAAAAUUCCAAGGACUUGGAGUCAUUGACUGGGAAUUCUGGAGACCCCAGUGGGUUAGGAACUGGGGCACAAAAGAUAUUUACAGGCAAAAGUCCCUUGAACUUGUAAGGGAGAAGAAUCCUAAUGCGUCUGAAGCCACGGUGAACAAUACCGCUAAGGAAGAGUUUGAAAAAGCUGGAAAGAAUUUCAUGAAUGACACCCUUGUCCUAGCUGAAGACAUGAGACCAAGUGGACUUUGGGGUUACUAUCUCUAUCCAGACUGCUAUAAUUAUGAUUACAAGGCUUCUCCAACAACAUACACAGGCAAAUGUCCACCCAUUGAAAUUCAACGGAAUGAUGGUCUCCUUUGGCUUUGGCAACAAAGCACUGCCCUUUACCCUUCCCUGUACCUUGAAUUGAUGCUGAAGUCGAGCCCAAAUGCUUUGAAAUUUGCACACUAUCGUGUUAAAGAGGCCAUACGCAUUGCUGCUAUAGCUAGAAAAGACUAUGCCUUGCCAGUUUUCGUCUAUGCUAGGCCAUUUUAUAUCAAUACAUUAGAUGAAUUGACAGAGGAAGACUUGGUGAACACUAUUGGUGAGAGUGCAGCAUUGGGUGUAGCAGGAAUCAUCCUUUGGGGGAGCAUGCAGUAUGCCAGUACUCAUGACAGCUGUGUAACUGUGAAAAAAUACAUAAAUGGCCUCUUUGGACAUUAUAUCGUUAACGUGACUUCUGCUACCAAGCUCUGUAGUAAAGUCCUCUGCAAGAAGAAUGGAAGAUGUAUUCGCAAAAACAGCGAUUUGUAUGACUAUCUACACUUGCCUCCUCAGAGUUUUAAGAUUUCGGUCGAUAAUUCUCAAGCAGAUAAAAAAGUCAUUGUGCAAGGAAGUCUGAAGCAGGAGGAUAUAGGUGCCAUGAAAGAAAAAUUCAUGUGUCAGUGUUACCAGGGCUGGAAGGGGAUAUUUUGUGAAGUACCCUCUUCCACAGACGAAUGCCCAAGUAAUUCACAAUAA